GCAGGAACGGGCGAUAACAUCAACGGGGACGGUACGUUUUCUAACUACGAGAUGGCAUCAUACGAUAGUCAAAACCUUCUCCCCGGCGGCGGACGGAUGAAUGGAGCGAACAUUAGCGUUGUUAGCAGCAGAGGCGGCUCCAAUAAUGAAACCGAAAAGGCACCCUUCUUGGAAAAAACCGAACCAGUGCGGCUCACGCCGGCUUGGGAAGAGAACAACCUUCCAAAUGACGAGCUCAAUUUCAAAGGGUUGACGAUGGAGCGUGCCAAGAUGGAGUUGAAUCCACCGCGGGACAAGCUGCUGCUCGUUUUCCUGACGUUCGCAAUCCACGGCGUCGGUACGCUGAUGCCGUGGAACAUGUUCAUCACUGCCAAAUCGUACUUUGUAGACUAUAAGUUAAGUCAAAACUACACCGGCAUCGAGUCGGAGUACGGUACAUACUUCCUGUCAUCCGUUGGGUUUGCUUCGCAGAUUCCUAAUCUUUUGUUUAACUGGCUCAAUAUCUUCAUCAAUCUGGGCGGUAAUCUUACGAAGCGCAUCGUGUACAGCAUCCUUAUCGAGGUAAUCGUCUUCGUCGUCACCGUCGUGCUGGCCAUGAUCAACUCCUCGGAGUGGCCCGGUGCGUUCUUCUGGAUCACGAUGACCACGGUGGUGAUAUUGAAUAUGGCCGGUGGUAUCUACCAGAACACGGUGUACGGUAUGGCCGCGAAGCUUCCCUUUAAGUACACCGGUGCGGUAGUACUUGGCUCGAACAUCAGCGGCACGUUCGCGUCUAUCAUCUCGAUCCUUAGCUCACAGUUCGCGUCCUCCGUGAGGACGGCGGCAAUUUAUUACUUCAUCACCGCAAUGUUUGUGCUACUGCUCUGCUUCGACACCUACUUCGCACUGCCGUUGAAUAAAUUCUACCGCUAUCACGAGCUGCUUAAGGAGAAAGAGAUUGAAUCGAACCAACGAGCGAAUAUGGGCGGCCGGCCACCAUACUGGACCAUCUUCAAGCAGGCUUUCCCGCAGCUGUUUAACGUGUUUUUCGUGUUCUUCAUCACGUUAUCCGUCUUUCCGGCCGUCCACUCCGACAUCAAGCGCUCGGAUAGCGAUUUCGUCAUCGGGGACGAAUUGUUCGUAAGUAUCUGCUGCUUCCUGACGUUCAACGUGUGCGCCAUGCUUGGCAGUUUGCUGACAUCCUGGGUGACCUGGCCGAAGCCGAAGUACAUGGUAUGGCCCGUCGUCCUGCGGGCCGUCUUCCUACCGCUGUUCCUCUUCUGCAACUACCAGCCGCUAAACAUCUCGCGAGUCCUGCCCGUGUACAUCACCAACGAUUGGGUGUAUUGGGGCAUCGCCGUCGUGAUGGCGUUCUCAUCCGGUUACUUCAGCUCGCUUGGCAUGAUGUACGCACCGCAGUCGGUCGAGCCGCAGUACGCAAUGACGGCCGGUAUGUUUGCGGCGGCCAUGCUCAUCACCGGCAUCUUUACCGGUAUCCUGUUCUCGAUGGUGUUCCCGAUGGUGGUGCAGUACAACUUCCUCGAGUGGCUCCACUAGGCCUGGCAUUGGGGAAUGGGCGUUUAUGACGGUUACCUUUCGUAACCGACUCGCGCGUCAUUCCCAGCCUUUCUAGAUGAAAGGGAAAUGUGGACCCAAACAAAAUUCUGGCGGGCCUUAUCGAGCGCACCCAGGAAUGGAUGGGUGGAAACGAUAGAUCAAGGAUACGAGUAACGCUGCUCGAUCCUCCCAAAUCAUAUCACUUAGGUCUGGUCGAAAGAAAUCUGAAACAAAUCUCGAAAGUGGCACACAAUCUGCCAUUACCGGGGGGUAUUCGUCUAUAGUGGUAUCGAUUGGCACAAAUGUAGCAUUUUAGUUCUUUCAUGAUUGCGCCUUUCUUCGCACGAACGUACACCUCGAACUCUAUCAUAGCGAACCAGAGAUAAAUCUGAAACAUCUACUUGAGAGAGAGAGAGAGAGAUCGAACGAUUGAUGUACUAAUGUUGAGGUGGACGUAAACUUUAGGCUUAGCAAAACUUUUGUUUUGUGUCUAUUUGGUUUUGUAGUCUUUUUUUGUUAAAUUUACGACUGAGAUCGCAAAGUUCUCAUAAGACUUCACAUAAGAAUAAACCAUAACAUAGUUCCUCCGCAGAGACGGUUCGAAUGGUGCUGUUGAUACAAAAGGAAGACUUAAAUGAUCUAUGGUCGAUCUCCUUUUGAUAUAGUAGCUCUCCAAUGACACAUUAUUGCUCUUGGACGGCAUAUCCAAAGAUGGGCAAAAAAAAAAACAUCAUAUGAAUCAGAGAGGCGCAUAAAAUAAAUUCCAACGCGCAACUACUUGAAAAUUAAUCAACCUUUCAUCAGACCGUAUCGCACCGGAGGAUCAUGUUGUGGCGUGUAACAGAUUUCAAAUCUACUUCUUCAGAGCUUUGCCGAUUGGCUAUACUAUUUUCAAAGUUAUUUUGAUUAGCUAAGGUGCAUUAAUUUAGUAUGUAAAAUGGAGGACAACCUUAAUCCUCAAUGGUUUGAUUUCAUAUGAUAUUGUUAUAAGGGUAAUUUAGCGUAAAAUGAUUCAAAUAUUUAUCACCUUUAAAAAGCGACAGAAACCGACGGUGACCAAGCAGAUUAACGGAAAUAUCACCUCUUACUGCGAAAAGGUGGUGUUUUGAAACUCCACUAAUUAAAUCAGAAAUGCGGUCACGAAUGAGUUAUAUUGAACGUACGAAUAAUCGUAAAUAAUAAGAAAGAUACCUAAACCGUU